ACCUGCUGCAAGUACUGUAGCUGCUAUUUCGACUGAUGCAUGUCAUGCCAUCCCCGCCAUCGCCCAGAUCAUCUCAUCUCUUGCUCUCAACUGAAGUCUCCCAGUCCCGCAGCCUACUUAGCCACUCCCCGCUAAGUAUUCCGUGGUCCUUCGUCUCGUUUACUCCUGAUAUUGAACAGGCCUCAAUGCCGAAUUGCUCCUCAAGCCGGCGGAAGACCAUCCGAGCGAGUCGCAUGUCCAUAGCUCGAAUGCACCCAUAUGAUUCUCGCUGCGGUGCGGAGUCGAUUCCCAAGUACGCGUAAGGUCAGCAAACACAAUUCGCACAAGUGUCAUGUCAUGCUUUGUCAGGACACGGACACCGAGUCUACGUACCAGCUCAUCCAUAAUGAGCUCACCCUCUACGGCGCCCGGCCUUGAACCUAGCAUCGCUCAUCCUUACCUGCAUGCCCAAGCAGGCUGACCGACUCAUGUUGGAGAACAUCUCCAAGAACCAUAUCGACCAGGGCGAACAUCCCAGUAGGUCAUUCACGCGUGUCCCUCAGCGCCCGCAGCGCCACCGGAACUGCCACUACCGACUCAUCGGCAUCCGAACAUCUUUUGUAGGCGCUGCACUGGCUAUUACGAGCCAAUCGAGACGCCUGAGCUACUCGACAAGUGGCUUCAUCGCCCCAUUCGCAUCCCCAAAUCUCAAAUACGGCUUCCGCAACCCGCGCGUGUCUCCAUCAACACCUCUGGGCACAAGUUCAGCCUCUCGUGCGUCGGUGUUGGCUGGGUCGUCUGGCGCUCGCAGCAGUUCCUGCCCAAGGACCUCAUCUUCGAGCUGCACUACCUUGGCCGCGCCGCCUGCGUGUCCACCAUUCAGUGAGCUCCCUUUUUUGCUCUCCACGUCUCGUGUCGUCCGGCCCAUCCGCCUUGCUCAUGUACCCGCGCUCCGCAGUCCGUGGAGUGGCCUUCCAAUGAUCCUGGCAGUAGAGUAUCUCGCUUAUAGCACGGGGCAUACUCUGGAGCAUGCUGGUGAUGCUGGUCCGCGUCAACGUGGCGAGAUUGGGAGAGUGAGAGGGGUGACUCGGAGUCAAGGGCGAUAGAGGGAUGAUUGAGUGGGAUACGAGGUGGGAGCCCCGGCGUGGAUGUAGCUGGCGGACGAUCAGACAGCGCGCGCCGCGCGUGAGCUGUCGAGAUGCUUACCUAGUCAACACCAUGACGGUGCCACGCGUGUCCCCACGCCAUCCGUCCGUCCGCGUCCGGAAGUUGACGCUGCUGUGUGGGAGGUCGAGGAGACUGUGAAGGCAAGGGAGGAGGUCGGUCAUGCGGUCGAGCUGCGAACCUAAUUAAUUUAGCGCGCCUGAGAUUGCAUCUUUACCAGGCGUCCGCGUCGGUUGUCUGUCUUAGUGUCUAUGCAGAUCGAACAUAUUUUUGUGCUACUCUGACUGCUACGUCGUGCGAUGCAGUGCUACUUAUUGAACGUGUUGGG